UAUCCAACACAUGGUUAGCAGCUCUGGUGCCCAAACAAGAGGAACAAUCCGCAUUUUUAACUAGCCCGCGCCUACUUGCUAGCUAAAUUUAGCCGCGUUGUCUCUGUAGUGCUUACGCCUAGAGUGCAGGUGCGGUUGGGGAAUUCCCGUACAAGCCACACACGAUGUUGGCAAGAAUCCCAUGUGGAGGGGGCCACGGCCACCCUCCGGGGGAUAAUUUAUCUCGCACGCGAGAAGCUCGACAUUUUAUCUUCCCUUCAGAAAUCAAUAAUCAUUUGAUACAGGUUCUCUGGCUCCUCUCCGCUUAUUAGUGCCCGCACUGAACAGAGACCAGCUAGCCCGCUGGCGCAUAUCUAUCUGUCGCCAUGUCGAAACGCAGUGUCUUCACCACAGUCACGCCACUUCCCCCAUACAUCACACGGGAUACAGUGGUCGAAACUCUGCACAAUCAUUCGGAGAUGAUCGAGUUGAACCCCCUAGUUAUCAAGCAUGGACGUUGCAAACCACCGCCAGUCGCUACCGCGGACGAGUUCCACUGUAUCUGGUACGAACUCACGGACAGAAUAUCGUACCUGCCCGGAGGCAUGGUGACUGGAAAGGUGAGUUACAAAGCUUGCUUUUACGACCUGCCGCGAGGCUUACAGACGCAUGUCUAUGCGCCCGCGGGUCUGGAUAUCAAGGAGAAAUGGAGCAUUUGCGGGAACAUGCCCGAGGAGCCGAGAGAGCCAGUUGAGCUAGGGUUGGCAAAUGCGCCACGCGAGGGUUUAUAUUUGCGAGAGGACGUCGACAUGCGAUGCAAUAUUGUAAUGAACAACUUCGUCAAGCGGACGUUGAAAAAGGCGCACCAGGUCCUGGUUGACCGGCUGGUUGUGAAAGCGGAUAUUAUAAAAGAGCACGCAGGCCGGACGUCGGUUACGCACGGGAAAUCAUCGCCUCAGAUAACAUUAGGGUCGGGUGGUUCGAUGUAUUCUGGAUAUUCUGGCCAUUCCGGGGCUGUUGUCUCCCCGGCUGCGUCUGAAUUUUGCGGAGGUCAGGAUCCCAGGGUUCGACAUCUAUCUACAAUAUCAGCGGCAGAAGAACUGCAGGCUGCACGAUUAGCCUCUGCCUAUCUUGCGCCGAAUUCGAUGAAUGUUGCAGAAGUACCAGGAUCGCCACCUCCAGGCCCAAAACCCGACCCGUCGUCUGGGUCACGGCCUGUUUGGCAAGACUCUGAACAAGAUCGUAACUACAAGCAGAGCGAACUAAUGCCAGCCCCUUUGAAUCGGUCUCGUUUGCGUCAGCAGCAACAGGGACGAGAGCCGGAAAGGUCACUCUACGAGAUGGAAUAGGCAUCAUUUAUGUCGAGAUAUUGAUGAUCACGUCGGCAUUUGAAUCACUGAAAAUGACGGCUCUACGUGUACAAUGGAGUACAAUUCCCCUUCUGGGAUCUCUCCUACCUGCUGUACCGUUUGGGUCUUGUGCGACCAGCGCUACAAUGGCAACUCUCAGCGAGAUGCUAAGCGAACACGAGGAUCUACGCACAACAUUCUGAUGGGUGAUCUACGACUAUAUACUCGGUAUCAGAGGGGUUCUGAUUCUCGUAUACAAUUCAUUUUCAGGUUCUAACAUUCUGUAUUUAUUCUAUCUCUAUACAAUGCAAUGAUAAUGAAACUUUCUAUAAGCGGGA